GAGAAGAAGGAGCUGUCCUUACCGCCGGUAGCUCGCGCCCUCCUUCUCUGUUCCCAGGUGAGGUCAACAGGAGCAGGAGGAAGAGAAGAGGUGACAGGAAGGAGAUGGCCGGGAACGACAACGAGCUGUGCGAGAGCCUCAUUAUCUGGUUGCAGACAUUUAACACCAGCGCUUCGUGCAAAACCAUCGAGGACCUCACCAGCGGCGUCCCAAUGGCGCAGGUACUUCACCAAAUAGAUGGCGCCUACUUUCAUGAAUCCUGGUUAUCUCGUAUUAAAGAAGAUGUUGGAGAAAACCGGAGAAUAAAGAUCAGUAACCUAAAGAAGAUUUUACAAGGAAUUGUGGAUUAUUACCGCGAGGUAUUCAAUCAGCAGAUUUCAGAGUAUCUGCUCCCUGACUGCAGACAAAUUGCAGAAACUUCAGACCCAACAGAGAUGGGGCGUUUACUGCAGCUGAUAUUGGGGUGUGCUAUAAACUGCGACAAGAAACACGAACACAUCCAGACCAUAAUGACCCUUGAAGAAUCUGUCCAGCACAUGGUCAUGACUGCCAUCCAGGAGCUGAUGAGUAAAGACGCCGUGGACUCUUCAGCGAUGGAAUCACCCGGAGAUGUGGAGCAGCAGCUGAAGAGAGCUCUAGAAUUAGUCCAAAACGCAGAAGCUGAAAAGGAAGAACUGAGCCAAAGAUGCCAAGAGCUGGACCUCCAGGUGGCCAGUCUACAAGAAGAAAGAAACAGCCUGCUAGCAGAAUACGAGGUCCAGAACGAAAGGUUAAACCAAUUAGACUCCUCCGAGGAGCCCACCACCACGGUGGCCAAGAAAUACCUCCAAAUACAACUGGAGCAGCUGCAGGAAGAGAACUACAGACUUGAAGCUGCAAAGGACGAUUACCGGGUGCACUGCGAGGAGCUGGAGAGGCAACUGAUCGAGACUCAGAACAGGAACGAUGAGCUGGCCAGCCUGGCCGAGGAGUCCAGAGCCCUGAAGGAUGAAAUCGAUGUUCUCAGGACUAACGCUGAUAAAGCCGCCAAGCUGGAGUCCACGGUGGAAUCCUACCGCAAGAAGCUGGAGGACCUGAACGACCUGCGGAGGCAAGUGAAAUCCCUGGAAGACACAAACCUAAUGUACAUGCACAAUACCGUCAGCUUGGAGGAGGAGCUAAAGAAAGCCAACGCCGCCCGCGCCCAGCUGGAGACGUAUAAACGGCAGGUCCAGGACCUGCACAACAAGCUGUCCAUGGAAACCAAGAGAGCGGACACCCUGGUCUACGACAUGGGUCGACUCCGGGAGAAGCAGGAAGCUCUUGUGAAAGAGAAGGAGAGAGUGAUCGUCCAGCGGGAUGCUCUGAAGGAAACCAAUGAGGAGCUGCGAUGUUCCCUGGUGCAGCAGGAUCAUCUCAAUCAGUCUGGAGAAUCCGGCUUCAAGAACAACGAGAAUCUAGCAGCCGAGCUUCUGCCGGUCGAAUAUCGGGAGAUGUUCAUUAGACUCCAGCACGAGAAUAAGAUGCUCCGAGUUCAGCAGGAAGGAUCGGAGAAUGAGCGCAUCGCAGACCUCCAGGUUCAGAUGGAGGAAAAACAAAGGAAGAUGAGCGAGCUGGAGACAGAGAACCGGCUAAACCUGGGUCGUGUGGAGGAGCUGCAGCUGCAGAUUGUAGAUCUGCAGAAGUCCUUGCAGAGUCAGGGCAGUGAAGCAGACAGUGCCGGAUCCAACACGCUGAAAAAGAAAAUCGAGGCACAAAUGGAGAAGUUAAAGGAGGUUCAUGAUGCCAUAGAGACCAAGAAAGAGCAACUGGAAGACUUGGAGCCCGACGCAGCAGAUCAGAGCGCUCAGCGGGUCGUGGAGCUGGAGGCAGCACUUCACAAGAAGGACGACGACAUGAAAGCCAUGGAAGACCGCUACAAGAUUUACCUGGAAAAAGCCAGAAACGUAAUAAAGACAUUAGAUCCUAAAUUAAACCCGGCCUCAGCCGAAAUUAUGUCACUGCGGAAGCAGCUGACGGAGAAGGAACGGCGGAUCGAGCACCUGGAGGCCGAGUGUCAGCAGGCAAAAGUGCGCGAGUACGAGGAGAAGCUCAUAGUGACGGCGUGGUACAACAAGAGCAUCGAGCACCAGAAGUUGGCGAUGGAGUCUCGUUUAGCCGGGCGGAAGGAUUCCUCCGGGAGAUCUUUCCUGUCUCAACAGCGCCACGUGACCAACUCGAGGAGGAACGUCUCGGUGGCUGUACAUUCUGCCUCCCCUAAUUAAAGCGCAGACGAGAACACAAACACAGAAGUGCACUUACGUAUUUAAAUGACAGGCAGCGGUGGUAGUGUAAUGAAAGAGAAGUCGAUGCAGGUCAUCAGCUUGGUGGACGGUUUGUUCUGUAGCGUACUGACUAGAUCAGCGUAUUUUCCGCGUUUCUUUCUGUUAUACGGAUAAUUUCUUCUAUUUAUGUCUUCUGUCCGUGAUUUGUAUAUGAGAAGAACGGAUGAAAAUGGUUCUACUUCUUUUCUGACCUCCACGAGCUCACGACUGGAACGGCUUCACUGGGUAUCAGGUACCUGGUGCCUCAGACCUCGGAAUGCCGCGUUGCUAUGUUCCUGAACAUCACGUGAUCCCACAGGAUCCCCGUCACCUCUCUGCUUAGGGAGCAGUUACACAUUUGCGAGGGAUUUCUAAAAAAAAA